AUGAAACCAGAAAUUGAACAAGAAUUAUCCCACACUUUGUUAACUGAAUUGUUGGCAUAUCAAUUUGCUUCUCCAGUUAGAUGGAUUGAAACUCAAGAUGUCUUUUUAAAACAGCACAAUACUGAAAGAAUCAUUGAAAUUGGUCCUUCACCAACUUUAGCUGGUAUGGCCAAUAGAACUAUCAAAGCCAAAUAUGAAUCCUAUGAUGCCGCUUUAUCUUUGCAACGUCAAGUCUUGUGUUACUCCAAAGAUGCUAAGGAGAUUUACUACAAGCCAGAUCCAGCAGAUCUUGCUCCUAAGGAAACACCAAAGCAAGAAGAGAGUACCCCAUCAGCUCCUGCCGCUGCCACUCCAACACCUGCUGCUGCCGCUGCCGCUGCUCCUACUCCAGCACCUGCAAGUGCUGGCCCAGUUGAAUCUAUUCCAGAUGAACCAGUCAAGGCUAACUUGUUAAUCCAUGUUUUGGUUGCACAAAAAUUAAAGAAACCUUUAGAUGCUGUUCCAAUGACCAAGGCAAUUAAGGAUUUGGUUAAUGGUAAAUCCACUGUUCAAAAUGAAAUUCUUGGUGACUUGGGAAAGGAAUUUGGCUCUACUCCUGAAAAACCGGAAGACACUCCAUUGGAAGAAUUAGCUGAACAAUUCCAAGAUUCAUUCAGCGGUCAAUUAGGAAAGACUUCUACUUCAUUGAUUGGUAGAUUAAUGUCCUCAAAGAUGCCGGGUGGAUUUUCCAUCACUACUGCUAGAAAGUAUUUGGAAUCAAGAUUUGGUUUGGGUGCUGGUAGACAAGAUUCUGUCUUGUUGAUGGCUUUAACAAAUGAACCAGCUAAUAGAUUAGGUUCUGAAGCCGAUGCAAAAGCUUUCUUUGAUGGAAUUGCUCAAAAAUACGCAUCAAGUGCUGGGAUCUCCUUGUCAUCAGGAGCAGCCUCCGGUGCAGGCGCCGCAAAUAGUGGUGGUGCUGUUGUUGAUAGUGCUGCCUUAGAUGCUUUAACAGCUGAAAACAAGAAAUUAGCCAAGCAGCAAUUAGAAGUUUUAGCAAGAUACUUGCAAGUCGACUUAAACAAGGGAGCCAAAUCUUUUAUCAAGGAAAAGGAAGCUUCUGCUGUUUUACAAAAAGAGUUAGAUUUGUGGGAAGCAGAACACGGAGAAUUCUAUGCUAAGGGUAUCCAACCAACUUUCUCCGCAUUAAAGUCUAGAACUUAUGACUCCUAUUGGAAUUGGGCCCGUCAAGACGUUUUAUCAAUGUAUUUCGACAUUAUUUUUGGCAAGUUAACUUCUGUUGAUAGAGAAACCAUCAACCAAUGUAUUCAAAUCAUGAACAGAGCCAAUCCAACUUUAAUCAAGUUUAUGCAAUAUCAUAUCGACCAUUGUCCAGAAUAUAAAGGUGAAACUUAUAAAUUGGCCAAGAGAUUGGGUCAACAAUUGAUUGACAACUGUAAACAAGUUUUGACUGAAGAUCCAGUUUACAAAGAUGUUUCCAGAAUUACUGGUCCAAAGACUAAAGUCAGUGCUAAGGGUAACAUUGAAUAUGAGGAAACUCAAAAGGAUUCAGUUAGAAAAUUUGAACAAUAUGUGUAUGAAAUGGCCCAAGGUGGUGCUAUGACCAAAGUUAGUCAACCAACUAUUCAAGAAGAUUUAGCUAGAGUUUACAAGGCUAUUUCCAAACAAGCUUCCAAAGAUAGCAAAUUGGAAUUGCAAAGAGUUUACGAAGAUUUAUUGAAGGUGGUUGAAAGUUCCAAGGAAAUCGAAACUGAACAAUUGACUAAAGAUAUUUUACAAGCUGCUACAGUUCCAACAACCCCAACAGAGGAAGUAGACGAUCCUUGUACUCCUUCUUCAGAUGAUGAAAUUGCUUCUUUACCAGAUAAGACUUCUAUCAUUCAACCUGUCUCGUCUACUAUUCCAUCUCAAACUAUUCCAUUUUUGCACAUUCAGAAAAAAACCAAAGACGGUUGGGAAUACAAUAAGAAAUUAUCUUCUCUUUACUUGGAUGGAUUGGAAUCAGCUGCCAUUAAUGGUUUAACUUUCAAAGACAAGUAUGUCUUAGUUACUGGUGCUGGUGCUGGCUCUAUUGGUGCCGAAAUUUUGCAAGGUUUAAUCAGUGGUGGUGCCAAAGUUAUUGUCACAACCUCUAGAUUUUCCAAGAAAGUUACCGAGUAUUAUCAAAAUAUGUAUGCCAGAUAUGGUGCUGCUGGGUCUACUUUAAUUGUUGUUCCAUUCAACCAAGGUUCUAAACAAGACGUUGAUGCAUUGGUUCAAUACAUUUAUGAUGAGCCAAAGAAAGGUGGUUUGGGUUGGGAUUUGGAUGCAAUCAUUCCAUUUGCUGCUAUUCCAGAAAAUGGUAAUGGUCUCGACAACAUUGAUUCUAAAUCUGAAUUUGCCCACAGAAUCAUGUUGACCAACCUUUUAAGAUUGUUAGGUGCUGUUAAAUCCAAAAAGACCACUGACACUAGACCUGCUCAAUGUAUUUUGCCAUUAUCUCCAAAUCACGGAACUUUUGGUUUUGACGGGUUGUACUCUGAAUCUAAAAUCUCAUUGGAAACCUUAUUCAACAGAUGGUAUUCUGAAGAUUGGGGAUCCAAGUUGACUGUUUGUGGUGCUGUCAUUGGGUGGACCAGAGGUACAGGUUUGAUGAGUGCCAACAACAUUAUUGCUGAAGGUAUUGAAAAAUUGGGUGUCAGAACUUUCUCCCAAAAGGAAAUGGCUUUCAAUAUUUUAGGUUUAUUGACACCAGAAAUUGUACAAUUAUGUCAAGAAGAACCAGUUAUGGCUGACUUGAAUGGUGGUUUGCAAUUCAUUGAUAACUUGAAGGAUUUCACAUCUAAAUUAAGAACCGACUUGUUGGAAACUGCAGACAUUAGAAGAGCCGUUUCUAUUGAAUCAGCUAUCGAGCAAAAAGUUGUCAAUGGUGACAAUGUCGAUGCAAACUACUCCAAGGUUAUGGUUGAACCUAGAGCCAACAUGAAAUUUGAUUUCCCAACUUUGAAAUCUUAUGAUGAAAUCAAACAAAUUGCUCCAGAAUUGGAAGGUAUGUUGGAUUUGGAAAAUGUUGUCGUUGUGACAGGUUUUGCUGAAGUUGGUCCAUGGGGUAACUCUAGAACCAGAUGGGAAAUGGAAGCCUAUGGUGAGUUCUCAUUGGAAGGUGCCAUUGAAAUGGCUUGGAUUAUGGGUUUCAUCAAGUAUCAUAAUGGCAAUUUGAAAGGGAAACCAUACUCUGGAUGGGUUGAUGCCAAGACUCAAACUCCAAUUGACGAAAAGGAUAUCAAAUCCAAAUAUGAAGAAGAAAUUUUAGAACAUUCCGGUAUUAGAUUGAUUGAGCCAGAAUUGUUCAAUGGCUAUGAUCCAAAGAAAAAACAAAUGAUUCAAGAAGUUGUUGUUCAACACGAUUUAGAACCAUUUGAAUGUUCUAAAGAAACAGCUGAGCAAUACAAACACGAACACGGAGAAAAAUGUGAAAUUUUUGAAAUUGAAGAAAGUGGUGAAUACACAGUUAGAAUCUUGAAAGGUGCAACAUUGUACGUUCCGAAAGCUUUGAGAUUUGAUAGAUUAGUUGCUGGUCAAAUUCCAACUGGUUGGGACGCUCGUACCUAUGGUAUCCCAGAAGACACUAUUAGUCAAGUUGAUCCAAUCACUUUGUACGUGUUGGUUGCCACUGUUGAAGCCUUGUUGUCUGCUGGUAUUACUGAUCCAUAUGAAUUCUACAAAUACGUUCAUGUGUCUGAAGUUGGUAACUGUUCUGGUUCCGGUAUGGGAGGUGUCUCUGCUUUGAGAGGAAUGUUCAAAGAUAGAUAUGCUGACAAACCAGUUCAAAAUGACAUUUUGCAAGAAUCAUUUAUCAACACUAUGUCUGCUUGGGUCAAUAUGUUGUUGUUGUCUUCCUCUGGUCCAAUCAAGACACCAGUCGGUGCUUGUGCCACUGCUGUUGAAUCGGUUGACAUUGGUAUUGAAACAAUUUUGUCUGGUAAAGCUAAAGUAGUUUUGGUAGGUGGUUACGAUGACUUCCAAGAAGAAGGGUCUUAUGAAUUCGCCAAUAUGAAUGCUACUUCUAAUUCUAUUGAAGAGUUCAAACACGGAAGAACACCAAAGGAAAUGUCAAGACCAACCACUACUACCAGAAAUGGUUUCAUGGAAGCUCAAGGUUCUGGUAUUCAAGUUAUCAUGACGGCUGAUUUGGCACUUAAGAUGGGUGUUCCAAUCCACGCUGUAUUGGCCAUGACUGCUACUGCCACUGAUAAGAUUGGUAGAUCUGUUCCAGCACCAGGUAAAGGUAUUUUGACCACUGCCAGAGAACAUCAUGGCAACUUGAAGUACCCAUCUCCACUUUUGAACAUCGAGUACAGAAAGAGACAAUUGAACAAAAGAUUGGAACAAAUCAAAUCUUGGGAAGAAACAGAACUUUCUUACUUGCAAGAAGAAGCCGAGUUGGCUAAAGAAGAAUUUGGUGACGAAUUUUCCAUGCAUGAGUUCUUGAAAGAGAGAACUGAAGAAGUGUACCGUGAAUCAAAGAGACAAGUUUCUGAUGCUAAGAAACAAUGGGGUAAUUCAUUCUACAAGUCUGAUCCAAGAAUUGCUCCAUUGAGAGGAGCAUUGGCUGCCUUCAACUUAACCAUCGAUGAUAUUGGUGUUGCAUCCUUCCAUGGUACUUCCACCGUUGCUAACGAUAAGAAUGAAUCAGCCACAAUCAACAACAUGAUGAAACACUUGGGUAGAUCCGAAGGUAACCCAGUAUUUGGUGUUUUCCAAAAAUACUUGACAGGUCAUCCAAAAGGUGCAGCUGGUGCUUGGAUGUUGAAUGGUGCCAUUCAAAUUCUUGAGUCUGGUCUUGUUCCAGGUAACAGAAAUGCGGAUAAUGUUGAUAAGCUUUUAGAACAAUACGAAUAUGUAUUGUACCCAUCAAGAUCAAUUCAAACCGAUGGUAUUAAGGCCGUUUCUGUUACAUCAUUUGGUUUCGGUCAAAAAGGUGCACAGGCUGUUGUUGUUCAUCCAGAUUACUUAUUUGCUGUUUUGGAUAGAUCCACUUAUGAAGAAUAUGCUACUAAGGUCUCUGCUAGAAAUAAAAAGACCUACCGUUACAUGCACAAUGCAAUCACCAGAAACACUAUGUUUGUUGCCAAAGACAAAGCUCCAUAUAGUGACGAAUUGGAACAACCAGUUUACUUGGAUCCAUUGGCUCGUGUUGAAGAAAACAAGAAAAAGUUGGUAUUCAGUGACAAAACAAUUCAAUCGAGCCAAUCUUAUGUUGGAGAAGUUGCUCAAAAAACUGCUAAGGCAUUGUCUUCUUUAAACAAAUCAUCAAAGGGAGUCGGUGUAGAUGUUGAAUUGUUGUCAGCAAUCAAUAUCGACAAUGAAACCUUUAUUGAAAGAAACUUUACUGGUAAUGAAGUUGAAUACUGUUUGAAUACUGCUCACCCACAAGCUUCAUUCACUGGAACUUGGUCAGCAAAGGAGGCUGUUUUCAAAGCCUUGGGUGUUGAAUCAAAAGGUGCUGGAGCAAGCUUGAUUGAUAUUGAAAUCACUCGUGACGUUAAUGGUGCUCCUAAAGUAAUUUUGCAUGGUGAGGCCAAAAAAGCUGCUGCUAAAGCUGGUGUUAAAAAUGUCAAUAUUUCAAUUUCUCAUGAUGAUUUCCAAGCUACUGCUGUUGCUUUAAGUGAAUUUUAA